AAUGUCAAAAUAAAUCAGCACAUUUAUGUUAUAAUUGUGCCGUGAGCAGUAGUGAUAAACUUCUCAAAUUAAAAACUGCACAUACGAUGACAUCUUCAUUUAGCAAUGCGAAAUCUAAAGAAUUUACCGUGCAAUCCGUCGUGACCGAGCCGUUAUACCUCGUGAAAGAUAAGCACUGCAAUUCCCCUGCGACUCGACUUACCGAUGAUACCACCGUUGUUUGUAUGUUCUGCGACAACGCAUACAAUUUCCAAAUCGGGGAUGGCCGCGAUCAGUACUUGGCCCAUCUCUACAUGAUACAUAGGCUGGUAAUAGCUGAUGUUGAACAGAUAGGCUGCCUGGCCAGCUACAGUCAAUUUUGGAAAGAGAAGUUUCGAGAGCAUCCAGUGGAAAAAUUCUGCACUUCAAUGUUGUUGAAUCAACUUCCGGACGGCACUCCAGGCAGCAAUGAGAAGUAUUUCCUGUUGAGCGACGUCGAACCACUAGAUUAUGAGCUAAGGCUACAGAUAAAACGUGAUAUGGUGGAGUUGGUUUUGGUUCGACAUCAGUUUGAAAGAACUGAUCGGAACUUUAACCGAGGCUGCUUGUACUGCAGGGUCUUUCAAGCGGAAACGAGAACGAUGUUCAUAGAACAUCUCUACACUAAACACUUCCUUCUGCUGGGUAGACCGGAAAACCUAGUUUUCGUUGAUGAACUUAUAAAUGUUGUUCAGACCAAAAUUGAGAAGCUCGUCUGCCUAUAUUGCGAAAAAAUAUUCAAAGACCGACCAACACUAAAAGAGCAUAUGAGGAAGAAGGGUCAUAAACGGAUAAAUCCGGACAACAAAUUCUAUGACAGAUUCUUUUUAGUGAAUUAUCGCAACGAUCGACCACAGAAACCUCUUGCGACAAAACAACCAAUUCCAUUGAAGGAACGUGUUCCAGAGAGCUCAGCAUUUCAUUCUGAUGAUUCGGAUUCGGAUUGGUCGGGCUGGUGCGGGGAAGAACAACAAGUGACAUGUUUAUUCUGUAGCGCAACCAAACUGAAAAUAGAAGAUCUAAAAAUUCACAUGAAAUCAGAUCACAGUUUCGAUUUCGACCUUCAAGUAGAAGGACUGAGUAUUUACCAACGCGUCAAAGUUGUAAAUUACGUUAGGCAUCAAAUACUUUUGCUGAAAUGUGUUGUCUGUCGUGAAGAAUUUUCCUCGAAGGAACAAUUGCUAACUCAUCUGCAAGAAGCCGAACAUUUUGCAAUUGGUGAACAACAAUUCUGGGACCAACCGAUGUUCUUUUUCCCAAUCUAUGAAGACGACCAAUUCUUAUGUCAAAUGGAAGAUGAUAGCCCAGAUCUGUCCGAUGAUAGUUCGGUUGUUAUUUCGGAGAAUAUGAAUGCUAGAGUCAGUACUGAAGCCGAAACACUUUCUUUGGAAAAGUUAAGUUUGUAAAACAGAUACAAUAUAGUUAUUUAAUAA